AUGGCUAUUACAACCGACGCGUCCUCGGCUGAGCUCGGAAACGCAGCCGUUAGAUUCUCCCCUGGUGGAUGGAGAUCGGCCAGGCUCAUCAUCUGUGUAGAAAUGGCGGAGCGGUUCGCGUUUUUCGCGAUAGCGUCCAACCUGAUAACGUACUUGACAGGACCAAUGGGUGAGACAACAGUUGUAGCAGCGGCGAAUGUGAACGUUUGGACUGGAACUUUAUCGUUUCUGCCGCUUCUUUGGGCGUUUGUAGCUGACGGGUGUCUUGGUCGUUACCAAACGAUCAUCAUAUCAUCUUCUCUCUACAUCUUGGGACUUGGGUUGCUGUCUUUUUCAGCCAUGAUUCUGUCUCACUCUCCGAACCAACUCCAAGUGACUCUCUUCUACGUGUCUCUGUAUCUUAUAGCCAUAGGACAAGGCGGGUUCAAACCGUGUAUUAAGGUUUUUGGAGCUGAUCAAUUCGAUGAAAAUGAUGUAAACGAGAGCAAAGCCAAGAGUUCUUACUUCAACUGGUUCAUGUUUGGAAGCUGUGUUAGCAUAACAACAACUCUUUUUGUCUCUACCUACAUCCAGGAGAAUCUAAGUUGGUCCUUAGGGUUCGGUAUUCAAUGUGCGUCCAUGCUGCUUUCUCUGUUUCUCUUCCUCCUUGGAACUAAGACUUACCGGUUUAGCACGGCAAGAGGAGGAAAGAGCAACCCCUUUGCUAGAAUUGGACGUGUUUUCAUUGAGGCACUAAAGAACAGAAGAGAAGACCAUUUAGGUGUAGAUGAUACAAACGCGAGCCUCCCUCUCCUCCCUCAACAGGGUUCCGUGCAAUACAAAUUCCUAGACAGAGCGGCGAUUUCGUGUGCCUUAGCUGACAUUGAAGAAACAAAAGCAGUGCUUCGGCUUGUUCCCAUAUGGAUGAGUUGUUUGGUCUACGCCAUUGUAAGUGCACAACCUUCUACUUUCUUUAUAAAGCAAGGAGCUACAAUGGACAGAUUAAUCUCACCAGGAUACGUAGUCCCUUCAGCUACAUUCGAAAGUUUCAUAAGCCUAUCGGUUGUUAUCUUCAUCCCAAUCUACGACCGUCUACUUGUCCCUAUCACAAGAUCCUUCACGCAGAUACCAUCAGGAAUCACCAUGCUUCAAAGGAUUGGCAUAGGGCUUUUCCUCUCCGUUGUUGAUGUGGUAGUAGCCGCCUUGGUCGAGACCAAAAGGCUACAAGCCGCUAGGGAUGACCUUGCUUUACCGAUUAGCGUGUGGUGGUUGGUUCCGCAGUACGUUAUAUAUGGAGUAGCAGACGUGUUCACAAUGACGGGGUUGCAAGAGUUUUUCUACGAUCAAGUCCCUAGUGAGCUUAGAAGCGUUGGUAUGGCUAUGAACCUAAGCAUAUUUGGGGCUGGAAACUUCUUAAGCAGCUUUAUGAUAUCCGUCAUAGAUAGAGUCACCAGCCAGUCUGGUCAAACGAGCUGGUUAGAUAAUGACCUGGACAAAGCUCAUCUAGAUUAUUUCUACUGGCUACUUGCUUGUCUUAGUUUUAUUGGUUUAGCUUUGUACUUGUGGUUCGCCAAGUCAUAUGUCUACAACAGACCCAGCAUACAAAACUAA